AUGAAUCCAGAAUUUUCCUACAAAUACAAUGGCGGAAAAAAAAAGGGUAUUCGAUAUUUGGUAUGUCGUGAACGGUAUUGUAAAGGAACAGCCAAAAGACUUGCUAAUGGCGUUAUUGUUAACCAAAUACCACAUACCCAUGAGCCUAAUAAUAUUGAAACAGAACGGCUGGAAUUAAAAAAAGAGUUUAGGUUAAAAUUGAUUCAAAGAGCAGUUGAAGAAACUACGAAACUUCGAAUCAUCUACGAUGAAGAAUGUUUAAGGUAUUAUAAUAUUUUACGUUUAGAACCAAACAGCUGUGCCGCAAAGUGGCACAGGUCGCUGGACAACUCAACUGGUCAAGUGUCUUGUCCGCCAUGGACGUGCGUUAUCGGCGACAAUAUACUAAGAGGCGGAGGGGACGAUACGGCCGGUUCAAAAACAUAUUGA